AUGGGCUCUGGAAAGCUUUCGCCGCGUCUGUGGAACGAAUGCGUGGACGCUAUUCCCAGAUACCGCGCGAUGAAGGAGAAGAAGAAAACGGAGGAGUUCUGCAGGGAGUUCUGCAAGGAGUUGGUUAAGAAGUACCCUGGCGUGGACGUCACGUACCCGGGCGACACGCCAUUCCGCAAGAAGAUUCGCAACUGGUUCGGCAACCAAGGACGCCUCGAUCGACGUCCGCAAAAGGUAUCCGUGCCGGAUCCCGACGACGAUGAAGAAGAGCGCAAGCCAGUGCCCAAAGCGAGACGACGCAUCAAGAAGGAGAAGCCCACGACUCUGGAAGAUAUGAAGAAGGUCACAGAGAUGUUCACCACGAAGAAGAAGAAGCAUGCUCAGUAUGAUGCAUACUACCUGGAGAACUUGGAGAAGGGUUUGAAGGAGCGCGCCGACCAAAAUUGGGCGGUAUUUAGUCCUCUACUUCCCGAAGGCACCGAUCUCGCCGUCGCUCGCGCUCAAUUCAACCACCAGUUCGCGGCGAUGGAGCUCGCCAACCAAAUGCCUCGGACUAAACAGUCCAUGGUGGCCGCGUAUAAGGAUGCCAAAACAGAGGAUAUCAGCGACGAUGCUGUCCCUUUCGAGACCCGCGUUCAUCUUCAGGAAUUGGUGGAGUUCGCUGAUAAUCAACAAGUGCUCAGGGCAUCCUGCCAGGCCAUAGUUAACGCGCUCUUCAAGCAUACUGGACUGUCAUGUACACUCCUAAUCGGCGGCUGCGACAUCAUGAACAACGGGGGAUUGUGGCAAGAUGCAUAUUCGACCCAGCAUCCCGGUGGCCAAAAGUUCCUGUCCUCUAAGCACUUCGUCGAUAGCGAUAUCCAGGAGCGUUUCAAGCGGUUUCUAGAGUCCGACGUCUUUCCGUCCGGUGUACAGAGACAAUAUGCGCUGUUUCCCGAUGCUCCACAACGUUCACUGGGCUUUACAUUUGGUGUUAUUGACCAUCUUCCUCAGGGAGAAGACGAGGAUUCGGACUCCGGAUUGCCACCAACCGUGGAAACUCGGCAUGAGCGUGACAUUUCGCCCCCUCCCCGUUCUUUGUCGCAUACUCUCACACCGACUGCCAACACCCGGAAUGUUGUAGCCAAACGGCAGGAUGAUGUUGCCGAGGAGGAAAUCUUGCCGAAUGAGUCGGCUGUCCCCGUCCCACAACUAACCACCGUUGUACAGGGUGCAUCCACUAAUGUCGCAGGGACAACCACUCAGGCAGAGAGCGAGCAAGACGUUAUGGAGGGGCAGGAGCCGGUCGAAGCUCUAGAUCUGGAAGGGCUCGCGAUCAGUGGGCUGGUUGACGGACAGAUCGGCGACGUCGGUCGUAGGUUCGCCGACGCUAGAACUGCAUGCGACUUCAAGCCUCUAGUCACCAACGGCCAGGCAGAUGGCGAGCUAGCCGAUGCAGAGGGACGUGGGCAGGGCGAAGUCGUCAAUCCGGACAUGCAGGCGACGAGCGGCGGCAGUGGUGCUGCGCUCCCCGCGGAACAUAUCAACCCUCCAGCCGCUACCGCUCAGGCAGACGGUCGCUUAGCCGAGCUAGAGGGACGUGAGCGGAGCGAGGUCGUCAAUCCGGACAUGCAGGUAGCAAGCAAGUUCGUUCACAACACUCCUGGCACUGCACUUCCCGCGCAAAACGUCGAUCCUCCGACCGUCACCGCUCACUCGGACGGCAAGCGCGUCAUCGCGGAGGGACAAGAACAAGUCAAAUCUCUUGCCUUGGACGAGCUCGCGAUGAGCGGAUCCGGCGAUGCGUUAAUGAGCGACGCCGCUCACGACUAUCCCGGACCUGAGCGCCUUGCGCAAAGCAGCAGGAUUUUGGCCACCACCCCUCAUACAGAUGGCGAGCGAGGCAAUGUGGAGGGACGUAAGCGGGACGAGAUUCACAGUCCGGACGAGCAGGCGAUGAGCGGUGGCAGCGGCACUGCACUUCCCUCAGAUCACAAUAAGCCCCUGAUCACCGCCGGCGAGGCAAACGGCGAGCUAGCCGAUGCACAGGGACGUGGGCAGGGUCAAGUCGUCAAUCCGGACAUGCAGGUAGCAAGCAAGUUCGUUCACAACACUCCCCGCACUGCACUUCCCGCGCAAAACGUCAAUCCUCCGACCGUCACCGCUCACUCGGACGGCAAGCGCGUCAUCGCGGAGGGACAAGAACAAGUCAAAUCUCUUGCCUUGGACGAGCUCGCGAUGAGCGGAUCCGGCGAUGCGUUAAUGAGCGACGCCGCUCACGACUAUCCCGAACAUGAGCUCUCCGCGCAAGAUACCAGAACUCUGGCCGUCACCGCUCAUGCAGAUGGCGAACAAGCCAAUGUGGAGGGACACAAGCGGGGUGAGAACCAUAAUUCUGACGCGCAGGCGAUGAGUGGUGGCAACGGCUGCGCCGAUGCGCCGAUGAAUGUCGCCAUCCACGGCUCCCCCGCUCCUGAACCGCCCGAGCAAGACGUCGAGACGCCAGCCUCAUUUCCCGCGCGACGGUCAUCAUCACUGCCCCCACGCUCCCCGGCUUCGGCGAGAAACGUGCAGAAAGGAAGGACUACGCACGAGACGCCAUCGCCUCCUCAAUCCACAGAACCUGCUCUGCCGCCGGUCGCCGCUCACACUAUCCCUGAAAGCAUUGUGUUGCCCGCAGACCAAAACUCUAUUGGAACGUUCCAACGCGAUUACGACAACCUGCGCAGUCUCGACAUUGCGCGCACAGGUGAUGACGACCGGUCUUCUUGGGAUAAGCUCAUUGACGUCUGGAUGACUUUUGAGAAGCAGAACGGAUUUCGGCAAGGAAAUACUAGGAUAUACAGACUUUCAACUGGCAAUCGACCGAUGGGAGUCAAGGAAUGGGUGGACAAUAGGCGGCGGGACCCGAACCAUCCAAUAGCAAAGGAGAAGAACAGUGUCUCUUUCUCGCAAUCGUGGCGCAAAUGGUAUCUUUCGCUACAACCUUCGUGGCGUGAUACAACCUCGUGGCCGCUAGAGCAACCUGAAGCCCACGGGGAAUUCAUCUGGCUUCCGCUGCGCAAGUAUGGACCAACUGGUGUUACACAGCUGCUGUUCACACUUGGCCAUUGGGCGACGCUCGAGCCCAUGCCGAUCGAGGUCUUGGCGGACUGGCGUCACGCAAUUAAAGACUUGACGUGGGUACUUGAGCAGAUGAUAGGAACGUUUCCGAGGUAUCUCAAGAACAUCCCAAACGAAGAUAAGAAGUCCUUUCCUGCGGCGAUCAUCGGAGUCAAGAGAAAGAGUUCUGAGAAUGAUUCGACCGAGAAUGAUUUGGAGCCUGUUAGGAAGCGGUAA